GGUUCUGUUGACGCAAGGAAAGGAAUAUCCUGUAGAAGAACAUUGAUAAAGAUUAUGUUUGUUCCAAGACACUGACACCAGUUUAGAUGCGGACACCCAAUAAAUGAAGGCGACUGAAAUGAUUCUGACAGGAAGGGACCUCUAAGCUUAUUGACUUCUUUCUACCUGGAGCCAUGGCAAAGUCUGUGGAGAGACAUAUCCAUGAAGUGAGAGUCUGAGAGUGUCUUCAGUAGGAGCCUUUCAAAUAAGAAGUAUUCAACGUCACUGUCAGCAACAAGAUUCAAUUAUUCUUUCAUUUGAUAAAAACCAAAAACAUUUUAUUCCGAUUUUGGCACCUGCCACAGUAUCUGCCUUUUCACUGUUUUUCUUAACUCUUCUUGUUAGUUCUGGUUGAUGUUUGAAAAGAAGACAGGUUUUUCAUAGUGAAGAUAAAUGGAAAUGAAAUGAACUAUGUUUUCUACAACCCACCCAACACAAAUAAGAUCACAUUUCUGUCUUAACAUACAACACAAUAGUGUCUGAAUAUUCCAUGUUCACACCUGAAAGAGAAAAAAAAGUAAUUCCAGUUCCCUCCCUCAUUGUUAUUUUCCCUUUGUUCUGUUUCUCUCACCCUGUCAGCUCUCAGAGACGGCCAUCUUAAGCUGAACCCUUUUAUGAUAUGAUUACCACUCGUGCAUUUUGGUCAGGUCUUGCUUCGGAGUUUUCAAAGCAGACAAUACUCCGAGUCACUGCCUAGUCUAACGUCAACUUAUUGGCACACAGUGCCUGUCACUUCAAAUCACAAACUAAAACCUUUUCCACACACUCCUUUCCUUCUUUCAUCCUAUAGUUUCUCUCUCAGCAGACUCCAUCCUGGCCGGCACUAUUCCACCCAAAGGGGAGGAAGACUUUCUGACGCUGGCCGCCUCGCGGCUCAGCCGCCGGAAGCGUGUCAUAGGGGCUGCAGUGGGCGUGGCCAUGGUCCUAGUGCUCUUGGUGGCCAUCCCCCUGUUGGUCCACACGACCAAAGGCGGAAGUGCUGGAAGUGGAGGAACCCAUUAUGAGAUGCUGGGUAGCUGCAGGAUGGUGUGCGACCCCUACACCACCUCCCAGACUGGCCAGGAGCUGAGUGCUGUGUCACCUCCACCACCGGAUUAUGCUGGAAGAAAGACAAAGUCAGGAUUCCGAGGGCCCCCAGGGAUCCCCGGACCCCAGGGAGCCAAAGGCCCCCCAGGAGAGAGGGGUAAGCCAGGUCCACAGGGCCCCCCGGGUCCAGGGUCCGGAGGCUACGUGCCCUCCUUGUACAGCCCCAAGAUAGCCUUCUAUGCCGGGCUACGCAAACAGCACGAGGGCAGCGAGGUGCUCAAGUUUGAUGACGUGGUCACCAAUGUGGGCAACUACUAUGAGCCCACCACUGGCAAGUUCACCUGCCCCCUGCCUGGCAUCUACUACUUCACCUACCACGUACUCAUGAGGGGCGGAGAUGGCACCAGCAUGUGGGCCGACCUGAAGAAGAACGGACAGGUAAGAGCCAGCGCCAUUGCCCAGGAUGCCGAUCAGAAUUACGACUACGCCUCCAACAGCGUGAUCCUGCACCUGGACGUGGGAGACGAGGUGUGCGUGCAGCUGGACGGAGGGAAGGUACACGGGGGGAACACCAACAAAUACAGCACCUUCUCUGGCUUCCUCAUUUACCCAGACUGACCC